AUGGGUCAUUAUCAUCAUCAUUCGAAGGAUACCAGCAAUCAUCAUCAAGAACACACACCACUGCUUGGGUCAGAUGUCAAUAAUGUACAACCAUAUACACGUCUGGAGACCUUUUCAUGGCUAUUCAAGAACGGACUUGCCAUAUCUGGCACAUUUAUCUUACACCAGCUGUUGGAGCUAACCAAUAUAGCUGUGAUUGGACACAUUGGGAAAGAUGAGCUGGCUGCAGCGACUCUUGGCAACAUGGUUCUAAACUUGGGAGGGUAUUGCCUUACGGUUGGCAGCACAACAACACUUGAAAAACUAUGUGGACAAGCUUGGACAGGAGCACGAGACAAGACGUUGGUGGGAUUAUACUUACAACGAGCAAUUGCAAUCAUGAUAGCGUCUUUGGCGUGUAUUGCUGUUGUAUUUGCAUAUAGUAGUCCUCUGCUGGUAGCCAUGGGACAGGAUCCAAAAUUAUCAGCUUUAGCAGCCAUGUACUUGCAAUACAGCUUCGUUGGCAUGGCAAUAUACUCAGCAUUUGACGCCUAUCGCAAGUUCUUGCUGGCACAGGGAAUUGUUUAUGGCUCAAUGUGUAUUCUCAUUGCAGCUGUACCGGUGAAUGCAGCUGUCCAAUAUACUUUUGUAUUUAUCCUGAACCUUGGUCUUAAAGGGGCACCCUUGGGGAUGGCGUUGACAUACACCGUAAUGCUCAUAUCCCUUGUGGUGUAUUCACGAGUAUGGUGUGCCGCCAAGAUGAAACAAUCAUGGGGUGGAUGGACCUGGAAAUGCCUCGAUGAUUGGAAGGAUUACAUGCGACAAGCAAGCUUUAAUGUGAUGACCUAUUUAUGCGAGACAGCUGCAGGCGAGGCAGCAGUGCUCGCUAUUGCGUAUCACAGUGUCAAUGGUGGUAGCACAGCAAUCGGAGCACAAUCAGUGCUAGCACGAACCUUUAUGGCAAGCCGUAUGCUGGGCAAUGGACUUUCAUCAGCAGCAGCAACACGAGUUGGACAUGCAUUAGGUCGUGGAUCUGCUAUUGACGCUCGUGAAACAUGGAUUCAAGGUUGCUGGCUCAGUCUAUUAUCCUCUCAACCACUUACUUUGUUGCUCAUUUGCACUCGCUCAUCUUUUGGAUACAUAUUUACAAAGGAUGAACAAGUGGUGCAACUUGUCGCUCGCACAUUACCAAUCCUCGCCUUUUUCAUGUUAUUCCCCACCAUCAAUGGUCAUUGCUACGGUACACUACGAGGUCUCGGACGACAAGUUAUCUCAGCGGUUGCUAGUUUUGUCUCUUACUACGUCAUUGGUGUCCCUAUUGGCCUUAUUCUUAUUUUCUCAAUCCACGUUUCCUUAUCCUCGGUCGUUAGCAUGUGGCUCGGUCUCGGUAUCGCGUCCUUUUUAUAUGCAGCCAUUCAAAUGCUCUUUUUGUUUAUGGUCGACUGGAAAGCUGAAUGUCGUCGAGUCAAACGGCAGCUUUUGGAGAACAACAAGGAUUAG